GAGAAACUAAACGAGUUAAUGAAAAGUUCUCCGUUCGAACGUUUAGACACCUUUUUAAAACAAUCGAAGUUGAGCUUCAGCAACUUAGCUUCAUGUUCAUCAGAGAUGAAGUUCAUUUGUGUGACUCUACUGAUUAUUAGUGGAAUUGCAGAUUCAAGAGCAGACAAUUUUGAUGUAGUGGGUCCUGCAGUUCCUCUGAUGGCUGUUUCUGGUGAAGAUGUGAUUCUGCCCUGUUCUGUCAAACCCAGCAUCAGUGCUGUGAACAUGAGAGUCGAGUGGUCUAGACUUGAUCAAAGAGGCUCGGUGGUUCAUCUGUAUGAAGAUCAUGAAGACAGAAACACAGAUCAGCUUCCGUCCUACAGAGGAAGAACUCGACUAUUCAAAGAUGAACUAGAGAACGGAAACACGUCGCUCAAACUCUCAAGAGUCCAAACCUCUGACGAAGGAAUUUACAAGUGUUUCGUUCAGUCUGAAUCCUGGUAUGAUGACACAACUGCUGCUGUCCGAGUUGAAGCUGUAGGAAGUGCUCCGGUCAUCACUGUAGAUGGGUUUGAUGGUUCUGGUGGUCUUCAUCUGCAGUGUGAAUCUAAAGGCUGGAACCCUGAACCUGAUCUUGUGUGGCUGGACAGUGAAGGAGUCACUUUAACAUCUGAAUCCACAGACACACACAGAGAUGACACGGAUGGAUUCAGUGUAAAACACGCGAUCACUGUAUAUAACAGUGACACUAAAUAUCACUGCAGAGUCAAACUAAGACAUCACAUGCUGGAGACUGAAAUCAUUAUCUCAAGUAAAAUGUUUAACUCUCGGAAGACAUUAAUGAUCCUGAAUUCAGUUGCUGUUGUGCUCAGUGUGAUCGCUGGAAUACUGAUCGCUGUAUUCUUUCACAAAAAAAUAGUGUUGUAUCAAGUUUUACAGAAUCAGAAGAAGUCUACACAAAAUGAGAUCACAUUCAUGAGAAAAUAUGCGGCAGUGAACGUGACUCUGGAUGCUGAUUCAGCUCAUCCACGUCUCACUGUGUCCGAUGAUGGGAAACAAGUGAGAUUUCAAUACGCACAACCAAAUGAAGAAAAUGAUGAAGAUGAAGAGCAAAGUUUCAAGUUUGAUAUUCGUCACUGCGUCCUAGGAAAGUUUGAACGUUCAUCAAAGAAAUUUUACUUUGAGGUGCAGAUGAAGGAGUUAAAUGAUUGGGAUGUGGGCGUGGCCAGAAAAUCCAUCAACAGGAAGGGCUGGAUCGAUCUAAAUCCUAAGAAUGGAUUCUGGACCGUUGGAGUGAGAUACGGAACGAGGUAUCAGGCUUGUGGAGAUCCGCAUGUUCCUCUUUCCCUACACGUGAAGCCUCAGAGGGUGGGGGUGUUUGUGAAUUGUGAGGAGGGUCGGGUCUCUUUUUAUGAUGUGGAGUCCUGGUAUCAUAUCUUCACUUUUACCGGUCAGUCUUUCACUGAGAAACUGUAUCCAUUUUUUUGUUUGGGUUUUAGUGGAAGGAAUGCACCGGCCGUAAUGACCAUUUGUAAUGACUUAAGAAUCUUAAAAAUGGAUUGUGUUUAAAUUCCGUUUGUAAACUAACAUUUCUGUGCCAAAGCCUCAAGUUGGUCAGAAAUGGACCCAAAUUUGACCUCUGUCUGUGAAAAGUAUUUUUUUUGUGGUUUACCGUUUCUUUUAUAAUGUAAAGAAAACUUUCUCUGAAAAUAUAACCUUGAAGACUGCAGUGAUAGUAAAAUUGAUGGCUGAAAUCACACGUUAUUGCUUGUUACCGCAUAAAUCGAUUUUGAGACUCCAGCCUGGAUUUUACAGACUGUCACAUAUAUUUUAAUUUACCACUCACAAAAAGGACCUUAAAGGAUCAAUGUGGAGAUUUUGGUGGCAUCUAUUGGUGAGGGUGUGAAUUGCAACCAAUGGCUCACUCCACCCCUCCCUUUCGAAGUACUACGGUGACUGACACAGGACAAAGAUGUCGUCACGUUUUCACUUCUUUGCUGAAGGAGAUAACGUAUUUACGAAACGCUCUGUAGAGCAGUUUGUCCGUUUAUGGCUACUGUAUAGAAACAACAUGGCGGAUUCCAUGCAAGGGGACCCGCGGUAUAUGUAGAUAGAAAUAGCUCAUUCUAAAGUAAUAAAAACAUAACGCUUCAUUAUGUCUUUAUACUGUACACCUCUGAAGACGUACUGUAGUUAUAUGAAUAUUAUAUUGCAUUUCAGUCAAUUGAUCGUCCCAAAAAAUGACACACUGGACCUUUAAAUUCUCAAACGUGUUUUUCUAAAUGUGCUGUAUUCAUGGAACUGGAGAAACUUAGCCUGUACGUAUACUGUAAAUAUGUAUUUUGUAAAGAUUGUGUUUUACAGCCUCUGAAGCACAACAUUGCUGUCCUUCUGAAACCUUGUAUCUUCAUAUUUUGUGAUUUGAAUUUUUGCCAUAAAUAAUUAUUAUUAGUCAUCCUUUACAGUAUGUCUGUCACUGGGCUUUGCAAAUAUCUAACCAAACAAAAGUAUUAAAAAGUGCUUGUCAGUUUUGACAACACCGUAUUUAAUUGUUUUUUCCAUGAAAACACUGAAUUUGGAUAUCCGAGGUUUCUAAGGACAGCGACGAUAUGACAUAUUGUACUGUUAUUUAUGUGUGAAACUUUUGGCUGCAAAUUAAGCUUGUAAAAAGUGUUUUUGAACAUUGAAAAUGUUGAUUAAAGACUGUGUUUGAAAGAUGUUUGACAGCAGGAAUGCACAAAAACAAGUUUUGAAGUGCUGGCUGUUUUUGCACAAGGGUUUCUUGUUUCUUUCCUGGUGUAUAGGAUGUUUCAAGUCUCCUUGUAAGUCUUAAGAAUAUUGCACACCGCAAUAAUGAUACGAAUUGCUAAAGUCUCAUUACUCAACCAAUCUCAUAUAGUGAGAAAGACAAAAGUGUAAUGAAAACAUUUUUAGGUAUUUCUUAUUAUGAUCUAAACUAUCCUAGUUGAGCAGCAAUAAAUAAAAGUAAAACCAGGAAUUGUUUCAUAUCAUUCCUUCUGUUUGUUGUUGUGAAGACAGCCAGUGAGUUGAAAGUAAGUUAUAGAUGAACAGAAUUUUUUCCACCUUAACUGUAUCGUGUACACACACACACAGACCUAUAUACAGGGACAUAUAUCUAUAGGGACGUGGACCAGUAGUUGUAUACAUUUCCUCUUAAAGUGAAAGUGAAUCCACCGAGACAGGGGGGACACAGACGGCACAAGGUCACACUGUUAGAUCUGGCUAUAAGAAGGUAAAAUGCAAGUUUGUAUUUACAUUAUCUAAUUUUUAUGUACUUGUUUAAUAAUUUGUUAUAUAUGUUGAUAUGUAGAUGAUUUUUGUCCUGUUUAAUGUUAAAGCAAUAAAGAAAAUAUCACGCAAG